GAGGGGCCCCAGGCGACCGGCGCAGCGGCGGAGGAUCUGAAGGCGGCGUUCGAGCAGGCCAAGCUGGAGGUGUCGGCGGAGGUGUUCAUGGCCCUGGACGAGCGGAAGACGGGCAUCCUGGGCGCGAGCGAGAUGCUGAGGUUCGCCGAGCUGUCCGGGUUCGAGGGCGGCCCCAGAGAGUGGAGGGAGGAGUUCCGGUUACUCUGCGAGGAGCACGGCACCGACGCUGGCAAGGGCCUGGACUUCGAGGCAUUCCUGCAAAUGGUCAACGACCCGCGCGAGGGAGGGUCCUAUUGCACCUUCGACGAGCUCGAGGAGAUCGCCGAGACUCUCUCGCCUACCUCUCCGAAAAAUCGUUUACAGCUAAACGGGAAUUGGGUGAACACGCAAGGCGAGGAGCUCCGCAUACAGGACGAGGAGAUCAUGUGGAAGGGGACAGGAGAGAAGUGGCAGCUAGAGUACGUCCCUGGCGUGCACGACAAGCUAAGGCUCUCUUUCGAAGAUGGAGAUACCUACCAGGGGAAGGUGGUAAACAGUGGCAGGAUAAAAUGGAGCGAUGGCGACCAAUGGAGACGGAAACAUCACGAAGAGCGCCAAAAGAUGAACAAGCAGUGGCUCGAGCAGAAGGCGUCAGAGAGGCAAGGGGCGCAUUCGUUUGACAGCUAG